CUCUCGGCUGCUCGGGCCGCUGACUGGGCUUCGCAGGGCCGACUAGAACCUGGCCGUUUUCCCCGUCUCGCACUAGCGAGAGGUCUUCGCUUUGCGGGGACGGGACGGUGGGGAAUGGGAAUGGCGCCGGAGAAAAUGAGGGUCGGGGCCCUGCGGUGCGUCUGGGAAGCCUCUGCACCACGAGGUGAAUGCACCCCAAGGCUCGCGCGGUUCGCGGAGAACCUUAUAUUCCAUUUUCCAGUGGGAAGAUUGAAGUCAUGGCUGGUCCUGAAAGUGAUGCCCAGUUCCAGUUCACUGGUAUUAAAAAGUAUUUCAACUCUUAUACUCUCACAGGUAGAAUGAAUUGUGUUCUGGCCACAUAUGGAGGCAUUGCUUUGUUGGUCCUGUACUUCAAGUUAAGGCCUAAAAAAACCCCAGCUGUGAAAGCAUCAUAACUGGGUCUUUCGAUGUCUGACCUCGUCUGUUAAGUUCCAUGCCUGAAGAAGCUGAUGUCAACUCAUCAUGUAAUACUCAAUUUGUACAAUAAAUUAUGAACCUGGAAAA